CACACUACUCGUCCAUUUCUCCGGCUGAAUCUCAGUGACAUUGAGGUGUAAGAUGACACCUGUCGCCACACAUCCAGUUUAGAGCUGUUCUCUCAUUCGCCUGAACCUUUUUUCUGUCCAUCUGUUCCUAGAAGACUACGAGGAUGGAGGAUCUGGCUGUUAUGGAGCUGUUAGAGUGUCCUUUGUGUAUGGAGCCAUUGGACGUGUCUGCAAAGGUCCUGCCAUGCCAGCACACGUUCUGUAAAUCAUGCCUUCAGCAGCAGGAGACAUCACACCCUGAUCAGUUGUGCUGCCCAGAGUGCAGAGCUGCUGUUCCUGGAUCAGUGGAGGAGCUUCCCACUAACCCGCUGCUGCAUAGACUCUUAGAGAGCCUUCACGAAUGGGGUCCAGUGAGCACACCGAGGGACAGAUCUGUCAGAUAUAUGAGCUCUCCGGCUCAGGAGGACCAUUGCAGCAGUUACACGCAAGAUCUUCCCAAGCAGGAGCAGAACACGCAGAGGGUUCAAGCCCAAGCAUUAUAUGACUUCCAGGGUAAUGCUCCAGGGGAGCUCACAAUGAAGUCAGGUGACAUCAUUUAUCUGCGGUGGAGAGUAGAUGAUAACUGGUAUUAUGGGGAAGGCAAAGACAGCAGAGGUUUGGUUCCAGUCAAUGUGUUGCAGGUCUUGAGUGAACAGCCUCAGCCUCUAGCCCUCUGCAGAGCUCUUUAUGACUUCAAUGCUAACAAUCUGGAUCCAGAGGGCAGCAAGGAAUGCUUAACCUUCUUCAAGGGAGACAGCAUUACUCUCCUUAAACAAGUCAAUGAAAAUUGGGUGGAAGGUAAACUCGGAGACAAAGUUGGGAUUUUUCCUUUGCAACUCACAGAGCCAAAUCCGGCGGCAUACGAGCUUCUGGAAAAGCAUAAAAGGAGGGACUCAGUGGAAGCGCAGCCAAGGAGCAGCGUUAGGGUCAACGCAGAUGCUUGCAUCCACAGGCGGCUCACUGGUCCAUCUCAGAAGUCAUCCAGGCCUUCAAAUGUCAAUCUCUUGAACAGCCUAAACUGUCCUCCCCUCAGCCUGAGCCAGCAGCCUCCUCACAUCAGCUCCAGCGCACAGCCAUCCUACAGCAAGACGCCACAACUCGCCACAUUUAACAGACCGCGUCUGAGGAGCUCUCGCAGAAACUUGCCUAAGAGACACAGAACAAUGAACGGUGAAAGUCCGCCGGCCAUCACCAUGGCACUGAUUAACCCUCAGGCCUCGCCCAUGCCCUCAGAGAGCAAGAUGUCUGCAACUCAGCAGCUCUCCAUCAGUGUGUGUGCGGCGCUGUAUUCCUACACACCUUAUCGCUCUGAAGAGCUGGAACUGAGGAAAGGUGAAAUGGUGGGGGUUUAUGGGAAAUUCAGCGAGGGCUGGCUGCGCGGACUGUCUCUCAAAACUGGCAAAGUAGGAAUCCUGCCUACCAACUAUGUUACACCAGUGCUCAGAACAUCAGCAAGGUUUCUCGAACAAAGCAAACCUGCCAUUCCUAAUUCAAGUGCAGUGUCAACAAAGCGCCACGCCUCACACAAGCCGCAGGCUGUUGUUCUGGCCCUCGACAGGGUAAACACUGACAGCCCUUCAGCUACAAUGCCUGUGACGUCAUCUGCCGGUCCAGGAAGAGCAGCACAGCUGGGCGGAAAGCAGGGCUGGAGCUCAGUGAGACGCUCCUUUCAUGCCACACAUAGGGGACUGCCUCACCAUGGAAGCUACAACUCAAACUCUAUCCUAAGCCUGCAGCCUCCACCUCAGGACUUGGGGCAGAUCUACACUUUCGGUCGCUCACCUGUUCUUCCUAAAAAGAGAAAUGGUUUAUUCUCCAACCCCAUGAAGGCACAGCAUUGGGCUUAUGAAACAACAUCUCCCUCUGCUGGUGCUUAUCAACCCAUCAUCAACCCUGGCCAGAAGGAGACCACCACAACUCGGCAGUCUAUUCUGGUUAAACCAGAUGCUUACAAGAACAAUGCAGAGAAGCCAGUGAAGUCAGUGCGGUUCCUGGCUCAUGACACUCCUCAGACAGCACCAAAAACGCCGUCCACUUCCACUGCAGGAUUAAGCUCUAGUUCUCAGCCUGGCUUUUCAACUCUGGACCACUGGAAUCCCUCGGCCAUACUGGGUCGAGAUGGACAUACAUUAGUCCUCAAAGACACAAAAACCCCUCCAGCCAGAAAGAGCACAGGCCAAGAUCAUGCUGCUAUGGACUCCCUCGCGCUAAAUAUGAAGCCAGUACUGAUCAACAACCAAUCCGGCUCCAGUAGAUGUAGGGUAAUUAAGGGAUACAACGCCAAAACAGAUGCAGAGCUCACGCUCACUGAAGGAGAAAUGGUCCUGGUUCAGAGGCCUCGAGCAGACGGAAGAGUUCUGGUGACGCAGGAGAUCAGUGGAAAAACAGGCCUUUUCCAAAGCAGCGUUCUGGAACUGCUAGACAAAAUCCUUUGAGUGCCACAGUUUCUGCUGUUGUGUGCUUGCCCUUUGACCAGUGCUGUGUUUAGGGUCACACUCUCAUAACCUCUUGUGUAAUAAACCAAAAGCAAUAUCUUGUAGGGUAUGACAGGUCAUCCACACCCACCUUGCACAAAAACUUGUCAUUUUUUCCUUCAUAAUCGGUCGAUUCAGACAGAUAAAUGUGCCUUUAUGUUG